AUGGCCUCCGCCGUCGUGCAGCGCCCCCGCCAGCCAGCGCGCUCCAUCCAGUCCUCGUCCUCAUCCGUAGGCGCGGACAAGCCUGUGGCGACCAAACCUGUCUCCAAGCCCAUCUCCCUUUCCAAACGGCUGCUCUUCCCACACCUACCUGCCGACGCUGACCUCCCGUCGCUCCUCGCAUCUCCCGCCGCCCAGCCGGCACUCAAUGCUGAGCUCUACGACUUCAUUUCAUUGGCUCUGCGCGCAUUUGUGAACCCAUGGUGGACGAAGAUCACGCGCUAUGACAAGGAGUUCCUCCCUGCAAUCACCCGAGUCCUCACCACCGUACUUCGCGCUCUCGAAACACGUCUGCUCGCGACAGAUCUCUCGCCGCUUGUCUUCCGCGACCUCCCAACUCUUUCCACACAACAUUAUAUUGACUUCCGCAAUGCCAAAGCCAAGCUACAUACCUCCUACGCCUCUGGUGGUGCUGCUACUCUCCCGCAGUUGUUUCACCAGCUACAGCCACACAUGGCGAUAUCUGCCGACGGUCGCAUAGACGACGUGUACAUCCGCCAGGCUGUUGAUCACAUCUUGAAAGCAUGUCUGCCGCCAGAAGACUACGAGUCGGAGCCAGAGCGAUACAUUGUGCGGGAGAUCAUUCUGAGCGUGCUCCUGCGGAAUGUCAUACCGCGCAUCACGCAGCCUUGGUUCAUACAUAAGCUGAUUCUAGACAAUCUUGGACCAGAGCAGGAGAUAUUGAAGUCAACGCAGGCUGUUGGCAGCACAAAGACGACAUCAACCGCACCCUCUGACAGUCCUACACCUGCGCGGACUACACUUUCUCUGCAGUCCCUUGCCAUCUUCUUCCUCUCUGCUAUCCAGUCCAUUUCAGGCUCAUGUCUGCUCCUUAUCCAUGCCUAUCGACAAGCGAGGGAUACGAUCAAGAAGGUGAACCAGAGCACUUCCAAAGGCUCCCAACAGCCCGCUGCUACAGUCGAAUCUACACCGCAACGUGCAACAGGUGAGGAAUUCAAAGCAGCGGCGCCCAGUGCGCCGUCCCCCUCGCCUCCCACUGUUCCCGCUGGGUCCUCGUCCACCUCCCUUGCUCUCGCGCUUGCACAUACGCUCUCCCUCCCGCUCACCUUCCUUGAGCCCUUCAUCUCCCGCCUCCUCCCGUACCUCCUCUACACACACGCGCUCUCCGCGCCGCGCCUGGCCGACAUCGUACGCUCCGCACGGCACGCGCUCUUCCCCGAGGGCUGGCCGGGGCAUGCGCCGCCGGAUCCGACGCCCGAGGAGCAGGCCGUGAUGCGCGAGGAGCUCGGGCGGCGGCUGCUUGCAAGGGCGCCUGCUCCCCUUGCCCUGUUGCUCGGCCCGACACCAGACGCACGCACGCAUACAAUCGACGGUAUUCUCGAUCCACUCUCAUCCCAAGCGUGCAAUGCACACCUCGUGCUAUUUAUACUUGACCUGAUUCUCUCUACUGUCUUCCCAGAAUUGGGCGUCAGCGAAACUGUCGCUGCCAUGCAUUGUGCGGAGGGUGGUAUCAGCGGAAGUACAUAG